AACUGUGCGAGAGACAAAUAAAGCGAUAAUCCAACAGCUGCUCGAUAUUGACAAUCGGGCGGAAAUGAUCGAGCGCGAUCGGGAAACGAUUGUCGAAGACCGUCGUGCGGUGUUGAUGAAACGCCAGAAGUGAAGUGUACGUACCUGGGGACGUGUCUCGCGUCAAAGAUAUUCCGAAAGAUAGGCGGAGUGGUUUUACUUGAGAUGGACUCGGUGGCGGUGACGGUGCCCCUUCGUCAGCCGAUGAAGAAGAUGAAGAAGCGGAAGGAGCUCGACGCUCUGGCGCCAGCCCACGCAGUUUCUCGUCGAAGCUCGGGGAAACGCAGCUCACAGGAAUUGUUAACAGACAGCAGCGAUGAUCGUUCGGAGUACUCCGGGAUACUCCGGAAUGUCUCUACCAGAGGCGGUCGUAAGUGCAGGGGUAGAAGAGGUCGAGUUUGUCCUGGAUUUCUCAAGGCUUGCAAUGCCUUUUUGGCAUGUGCCUCCGUGUUAGCAACUGCUAGUUUAAUAUGGCUAUUCAUCGACGUUCGCCAACAGCUUACCGCUCUGCGAACCGAGUUAGACCAAGUGAUAGCGGGUAGCGAGGGUGUGCCAGACGCUUUACAGAAAUGCCAUUCGUUAUCGAGAGAUCUCCAGAAUAACCAGACUAUCAUCUUCUCCAGGCUAUCUGAUCUCAAACAGCAGAUAAAUAAUUUUACGGUACAGCUGGCACAUAUUCAACAGGACUUGCAUAAAGUGCAAGAGUAUUUUCAAACCGCACCCGAGAUGGCCACUUUGCCGAAACGCUUAAAUGAACUGUCAGCCAGCGUUGCGACAUUUGGUAGUCAAAUAAAUGAUCUGGGAGCUACGGUGAAGACUUUAAAAGAAACAAACGUGAGGAUACAGGAUGCACAAACCGCUAUGCAGCAAAACGUCAGCAGUAUUAAGCAAUCCAUGUUAGAAUUGUCGAAUACCACUCAAAAACCUCAAAUUUUGAGCAUCAACGGAACGCAAGUUAAAAUUGACAAACUAAACUUUACAAUAUCACAUUUAAUGAAUAAUUUAACGCACGUUAACAAAACCUUGUCGAGCAAGUUGCAAUGGGUUGCCGAUGAUCAGGACGAAGAUCGCAGAAAGUUAGUCUCGCUUCAAGAAGCAACAGCGGCUAUUAAUACAACAGUGAUGUCUUUGCAAGGGGAAUGCGUUAAAAUGUCUGAACAAACUUCCGUUUUAGCAUCAAUUCAACAAUUAACAGAAAAAGUGAGCGAGAUACGCGCGACGGACGUGGAACUAAUCAGCAAAUUCAAGCAAUUGGAACAGUCGUACAAUGGAUUGAAAAAUUCCACCAGCAUAAUGUUCUCGACCGUGUCCGAAAUGCAGAAUCAGCAACAAGUCAGCAAAAUUAAGCUACCGGAAUCGUUAAAUAUAACAACAGACACGGAUCGCAGCGCGACAGGUGCGGUAAAGCCAUAUAUGUAAACAAUAUUGCUCAGAAGAAGAUUCUAAAUGGCAAAUCGGAAACGUGAUAAAAGCACGCAUUCAGUGCGUGAAGUGAUUCUUUUCUGAAAAAACUAGCACUUGAGAAGGAACUUUCACGUGCACGAAAGUUAUUUUAUACACAAUCUGACGAAGCUGUGUGUACUUGUAAAUAUUAAUAAAUUAAGUGCGUUAUAUAAUUCCAUGUAUAUAGAAAAAAACUAUUUAUGAUAUCAUACACGCGUCUCUCCAGUAGAACAAUAAUCUACUGGAGUUUGCAACUUAAGUGUGAUUGAUGGAGACUGCGAACGUUGGCCGUGGCCUGAGAGAGGCUAUUUACGCCGAGCAAUAAUUACACCAGCGUAUAAAAACAUUAUUGUUAGUAAAAUAAACAUUCUAUUAUUACUCGACCUAGGUUCUCAGAGAAGAAUUAGAUAUGUCAAUUCUUAAACAACAUUAACACGAUAUAUAGCGGAAGAGGUAUUUCAAAAAUACUAUGGAAAGUACAAAGUCGACAGCCGUCUAAAACACAUUCUCGGUUGUACAACGUCUAGCAAAAAAAAAGUAUUCAUAUUUAAGUAACGAUAAAACUACCAAGAGUUUUUUCUACUCUUCUACGUUUUAUAGAAUAGUGUGUUACUGUAAAUUUUUUCGAUUUUUCUGAUAUAAUUCUCUAGGUUGCAGAGAAAAUAUACAGGUGAUUCAGAAAGUUAAUACGUAUAUAGAUGCAACAAUAUUAAGUUAACAAAUAGCAAUGUAAUAAAGUGAUGAAGAUGUAAACAGUUGUAAAUGGGUAGGUUGAUUAAACUUGAUUUUUCAAUCUUUUCAAGAUUGACAAAACACAUUAGCAAAAUCUA